CACCUUCUGAACACCUUUCUUUCUCAUUGGAAGGUGCCCAGAUCCACCUGUGUUGAGAGUUGCCGUCCCAGGCACAACAUGUUCGUCCAGCCAGGGAAGCAAGUGUGUUGCUAUGAUUGUGUGGAAUGCCCCGAAGGGAGGAUUUCAACCCAGAUGGAUGCAGCCCAAUGUGAGCCGUGCCCUGAAGACCACUAUCCAAACGAGAACAAAGAUUGGUGUAUUCCUAAAGGCAUAAGUUAUCUAUCUUAUGGUGAACCAUUGGGAGCACUUCUGGUGUCUUUUGCUCUUUUCCUGAGUGGGAACACAUUUGUGGUGAUGGGAAUAUUCCUGCUCUACCACCGCACUCCCAUGGUCAAGGCCAAUAACUGGGGAAUCACCUGGGCUCUCCUCUCCUCUCUGCUCCUCUGUUUUCUCUGUUCCUUCCUCUUCAUUGGGUGGCCUGGGAAGAUAACCUGCCUUCUGAGACAGAUGGUGUUUGGUGUCAUCUUUUCUGUGUCUGUCGCUUGUGUCUUAGCCAAAACCUUGACUGUGAUUUUGGCCUUUAUGGCCACCAAGCCUGGAAGCCAGAUGAGGAGAUGGCUUGGGAAUAGACUUGCUCUGUCAGUCAUCAUCUUCCCUUCUCUGAUUCAAACUGCCAUUUGCACUGUAUGGUUGGCCAUUUCUCCCCCAUAUCCAGAAUCUGACAUGCAUUCCCAGAGUGACACCAUCGCACUUCAAUGCAACCAAGGUUCAGAUAUCAUGUUCUACCUUGUCCUGGGCUUCAUGGGACUGUUGGCCAUCAUCAGCUUCACAGUGGCUUUCUUUGCCCGGAAGUUGCCCGACUCAUUCAAUGAAGCCAAGCUGAUCACAUUCAGCAUGUUGGUCUUCUGCAGCAUAUGGUUAUCUUUUGUGCCAGCCUACCUGGGCACCAAAGGGAAAUACACAGUGGCUGUGGAGGUCUUCUCCAUCUUGACCUCUAGUGGUGGGUUGUUGUGUUGCCUUUUCUUCCCUAAAUGCUACAUCAUGAUUUUCAGGCCUGAACUAAACACCCGAGAGCAAUUAGUAAGCAAAAGAAGUGGCAGUAAUUUAGGGGUCAGGAAUGACAGCCUCUGA